AUGUUCGGUGGUGCAGCAAAUCGACCGAGUAGUCGAAAUUUAGUUGAGUUUAAAGCUGGAAAAAUGCAUUUACGUGGCAAUAUGGUUCAUCCUGAUAAACGUAAAGGUUUGGUUUAUUUACAUCAGGGAAAUGAUACGUUGAUGCAUUUAUGUUGGAAAGACCGGGGUAGUUCAAACAGCGCUCCCGAAGACGAUCUUGUAAUAUUUCCGGAUGAAAUUGAAUUUAAAAAGGUGACACAAAAUACAACUGGUCGUGUUUACAUAUUGAAGUGGAAAAAUGCUGCACGUAAAUUAUUUUUUUGGAUGCAAGAACCAAAAGAAGAUAAGGACGAAGAAUUAUGUAAAAAAAUAAAUGAUCUUCUCAAUCAUCCGCCAACACCGGGAAUGUCGUUAGAUGAAUCCGGCUCAGGAUCCGGCCAUCCAUUGCAAGCUGUGAUGGAAAGAAUGUCAGCAGGAGGUGGCGGCGGCUUGGAUCCAAAUGAUUUAUCAAGUGUUUUACGUACUAUGAACCCAAAUCAACUGGCAGAAUUAAUUAGCUCAUUAGGUAAUGGAGGUGGUGGAAUUAUGCCAAUGCAUUCGCCAAGAGGCCAUGGUGCAUUGAGCGCAGGAAAUACAAAUAGUAAUCAGCAGCUAACGCCAUCGUUAUUAGAUACAUUUACGCAAGAUGCAUCUUCGAGACCUAAUACCGCUCCCGCAUCUACCACUUCUGUCACACGUACAGCUGGUGCUACUGCAACACCGUCAACUGGAACGGGCACAUCCGGAUCGUCGAAACCACCAAAAGAGACGCGAAGUGGUGGAAAUACAGGAACAACAUCAGCAGCAAGUGCAUCGAGUAGCUCGACAACAAAGCCCGCCAUCCAAUUAGCAGCGUUAGAAAGUAUACUUAGCCAGUUAGGUGGACAAUCAGCAAAACCAUCGAUUGACUUGUAUGAUAUUAUGACUUCAGAAAAUUUGGUACCAAUAUUAAGUAAUAAAGAUAUUCAAGAGAAAUUGAUCCCACAUAUGCCUGAAGGCGAAUUAUUACCCAAAACCGAAUAUGAACUACGUCAAUCGAUUCAAUCACCUCAAUUUCGCCAAGCUGUAAGUGCAUUUAGUGUUGCAUUACAAACCGGCCAGUUGGGUCCUGUUUUAUCUCAAUUUGGUUUACCACCGGACGUUGUUCAAGCAGCUAACAAAGGCGAUAUUAGUGCAUUUGCAAAAGCCAUGGAAAAACAUUAUAAAAAGGAUAAAGACAGUAGUACAAAUGACAAUACAAACAUGGAUACGAGUUAG